GAGCCGCUAACGUCAGCACGCCUCCGCGACGCCCACUCUCGCCACGACCCGCCGAGCGACCGCACGCGAGUGUUCACCCGCCAUCCAGUCGCCCUUUCUCUCGAGCAGUGCCAUCGUACCGCGGUACGUGAAUGCAAAACCGGACCGCUCUCAUCACGGGACACCUACGAGGGAUCCGCAGCUUGGACCUCUGAAACGUUUCAACGGCUCCCGAGGGCUGGCCUGCCACUCGCCGGGACCCCGCCACGCGCCCGCGGGGCUCCACCGCUGUCUCCACCGCAAUAACAACGUAGGCAACAGGAGGUAACACGGUAUGACGGCCAAGCACGGUGGCGGACGAGAAGAUGAUCGUCCGGACAAAGAUUCUGUGUACACGAUUAAGACCGGGUUCAAAAACGACGGCUACCAGCACGACCGGGACUCGAACGACGACAUCGUGAAACCACCUCCGCUGCCCGCGGAGGAGGACAACUACCCCACAGGCAAAGUGAAACUCUCCAGAAACGAAAAAUGGAGAAUACUAAAGAACGUGGCGGCGGUGAGUGCGGCCUUCAUGGUGCAGUUCACCGCCUUCCAGGGCACGGCCAACCUGCAGUCGUCGAUAAACGCGGCCGACGGCCUCGGCACGGUCUCCCUCAGUUCCAUCUACGCGGCGCUCGUUCUCUCCUGUAUUUUCGUCCCGACGUUCCUCAUCAAGAGGUUGACGGUCAAGUGGACCCUGUGCCUGUCGAUGCUGUGCUACGCGCCCUACAUAGGCGCUCAGUUCUACCCGGCGUUCUACACGCUGGUCCCCGCCGGGGUGGUGGUCGGCCUCGGGGCUGCGCCCAUGUGGACGUCCAAAGCCACGUAUCUGACACAAGCCGGGAGCGUUUAUGCUAAAUUAACCGACCAGGCCGUGGACGGCAUCAUCGUUCGAUUCUUUGGAUUCUUCUUCCUCGCUUGGCAGACUGCUGAGUUAUGGGGAAACUUAAUUUCCAGCUUAGUGUUCUCG